AUGGGGUCCUCCAAAUUUUAUGCAUGGUAUUUAUUUUACAGAAUUCAUACAGAAAAAUGCAUUCUAAAAUUAGGGACGUCGACCGUCGCGACGGUAGCGACGUCUGUGUCAGCAACGGCCAGUAGUGCUGGCGAUCGGUCACCUGGACCGCACAUCCUUCACAGCACUGCUGGCCCCAGGAGGCAGAGGCGACGACAAAUUGCAGGCGAGCGCCUCGGCGGCACAGCUGAUAGCAAGGUGACAAAGGAAAUUGGUAGAGAAAUGGACAGAGGAAGAGUUUAUUCUGGUGGCUUAUCAAAUUCGAUGUUUUGUGGAGCAUUUGAGUUAGCCUUAAGGGGUCAUGAUGAAAAGGAAAAUUCGGAAAACAGAGGCAUAUUUAAGGAGCUGGUGAAUUUUAGCGCCGAAUUAGACAACGAAUUGAAAGUCCAUAUUCAAAGUGCCAAACUUUUUGAGGGUAGCUCAAAAACAACUCAAAACGAGCUUCUUGAGUGCAUGCUAGAUGUUUAUCAUGAAGAAGUUAAGAAGGAGAUUGCAAAUUCUCCUUUUGUUGCAGUAAUUGCCGAUGAAACGACGGACGUAGCCUGUGAAUUUCAAUAUUUGUGUAAUGGACAACCAGUUGAGAGAUUUUGGAGAUUUUACGUCCCCGACGGACACGAUGCCAAAUCAAUCGCUGCAUGCGUUUUAAAUGUUGCAAAUCCAUUACUAGAUCAAAAUCCAAACAAAUUAAUAGCUCAAAGCCAUGAUGGUGCGUCUGUUAUGAGUGAUUGCCAAGAUCUUCCCAAACACGUUGGAAUUUUCAGUCACGAGGUGUUCAUACAGUUUAUGAAAAUAGGAAAGACCUGA